GGUGCUGUCUAGUUCCCGCCAAAUGUUCGGGCAUCGUCUUCAAGGGGUUGUUGUGCUACGCGGCGUACACAGCUUGCGAAAAAGGCCUUGAUUUACGGACGCGUAAGAAUUAGUAGCAUCAUUUCGCACUGUACAACCCUUGUAGUAGGCAUGUACCAACGCACAAGAGGGGGAGUUGCGUAGAUACCCCAGGAGACUCAAGACCCGAGAUAGUGCGUUCGAAUGCGCUGUUGGCAGUGAAAUCUAGAGCCCCUGCUCGUUGAACAGCACGAACGGUUGCUCAGCAGUUUGUAAACUGUCUGAAACCGAUAUUCUCGCUGCGUUCCUUCAAGUGUGCUCUUCCGUUUCGCCCGAGCAGGUACUUUCACCAUGGCAAAAGUCCACGUUUGCAACGUUGUGGUGCUAGACAACCCGUCCCUGUUCUUCAACCCUUUCCAGUUUGAAAUAACAUUCGAGUGCAUAGAAGACCUCAAAGAAGAUCUGGAGUGGAGAAUCAUCUACGUGGGCUCAGCUGAGAGCGAGGAUUACGACCAGAUACUCGACACUGUCUAUGUGGGGCCCGUACCAGAGGGCAGGCAUAUGUUCGUGUUUCAGGCCGAUCCACCAGAUCCGAACAAGAUCCCGGUGCAAGAUGCUGUUGGCGUCACGGUCGUGCUGCUCACAUGCUCUUAUCGAAACAGGGAGUUCAUCCGCGUUGGCUACUACGUCAACAAUGAGUACACAGAUCCCGAGCUCAAGGAGAACCCACCGUCAACCCCUCAGUUCGACAAGCUGCAGCGGAACAUUUUGGCGACCAACCCACGUGUGACCCGGUUCAAGAUCGACUGGGACGACAACCCUGGCGUUGAGAACAUCCCUCCCUGCUCUUCCAAUGUGGACUUCAACCAGAUGCCAACCACAGCGUCUGAAGAUAGCAUAGGCCCUCUUCUCAAGGCCCCUGUGCUCAACGACAGUAACCAAAGCAUGGAAGUUGUAUGAUUGUGUCUCUGCUGUGCCGAAUGAGUUUACCCAACAUCAUCACUGUGCCUGCCAUGGACUGUGUGGCUUUCAGGCGUGAGAGUGUGUCGUUUUAAUGUAACUGUAUUUACUUUUCAUUCAUAAAAGUUUAUUUCAUACUGCCA